GAAGAGAAGAGAAGAGAAGAGAAGAGAAGAGGGUGGAUUCCACCUGUUGUGGCUUUGCUCUUCUCCCAGCUUCAGAGCCUGACUGUAACACCAGCUCAGAAUGAACACACGUGACUCCUGUUUCUCCCCCUUCACCCCACUCCCCUGAGUUUCCUCUGUGAAUUUCAAACACCCAAUCUGCCCGCUACAACACUGUCCCUGCAGCCUUCAUCACGUUACCAGGCCCCUCCAUCUUGCUUCUCCAAGAGGCCAGUGGCUAUAAACUUUGCACUAAUGCUGCCUGGUCUCCCAGGGCUGGGUGACAGCUUGCCUGCGUUUCAUCAGCUCUGGGGCUCCCUUUCACCUGGCCCCUUUGCCAGGGCCUCUCUGGCGGUGUCGCCCAGUGUCGCACCUCCUGCAGAAGCAGCCCUCAAGUUUCGUCACAGUGAUGCUAAAAUAUCCCCUCCGGCUUCAGCAAUGACUUAGUUCAGCCAAGGGCAGGGGAGACAAAAAUUCUCUUCUUUUUUCCUUUUUCUUCUUCUUCCUCUACUAUUUCCCUCUUAGGGAAGAGGGAGCCUUUUUGGAAGCAGACUCAGCCUGGCUUUGACCUGUUGGUGGACAAGACCCUGGACCUUGCAUCUCCUCCCACUCCGGGGUCCCAGAAACAAGACUGGCUACUGUAUGCCCCCCUACCACACAGUCUGGGGAGCUUGGGGAGCCCUCAGUCGAACCAACCCAUGAAUCACGGCCCCUGCACAGAAGGCGCUGGCAACACAUCUGACAUAGAGAUAAGAAGUGAUGGUCCACUGGCAGGAAUUCCAGGCACCACUGGCCAGGAAGGAAAAGGUCUCCGUGGCAUGAGAAGAUGGCAGACCCGGGCGGGCCCCAGAGUCGUGGGCUCUGCUUUCUGUCCACCCUGCUGUCCCAGAAAGUUCCAGAGAGGUCCGACACGGUGCUCCGCUGCAUGAUAGCUGGUCAGCCCAAACCAGACGUAACUUGGUACAAGAAUGGCCAAACCAUAGAUCAGUGUGAAGUCACUUCCAGUUAUGAAUUCUCCCAGAAUCAGUACAUCCAUAUACUGCAUCUGUACAGCUGCACCCCAAAAGACACUGCUGUGUAUCAAGUCUCCGCUAAAAAUCACUUUGGGAUGAUCUGCUGUUCUGCCUCUGUUGAAGUUGAGGGCUCCUCAGAGACCCCCAAGCCCCCUCUGAUCCCAGGAGAUGCCGGGGCUACAGGCUGCCAAUGUGAAUCCAGGACAGAUCAGGAUGGUGCAAAUCAGAGCGGGGAGACUGAACAGGUCACAAAGGAGGAAGAGAACGUAUCCCUGCGUCCUCACACGCCGGCUGAGUCCCCCUCCUCCCCAAGUACCAGCUCCUGCUCCCCCUGGUUCUGGCUCAGCAGCAACAUCAGUGCAGCUAAUUCCAGAAAGUCCCCGGACGUGAAAGGAACCAGGCGAGGAGGAGAGACAGGUGACCUGGAGGACACAGAGGAGCCUGCAGAUGGGGAGCUUGUCUCCCAUCUGAGUCACCACUCCGGUGAGCAAGAGGUAUACAGCCAGGGGACAGCAGUCUCGGGUUUAAUAGAUGGCGCCUCACAGCAGGUGGGCCCCAAAGAUGACACCGUGAAGCCUGGGCAUCCAAACCCCAGAGGGGAGAAGUACAUCAGCUUCAGCCUGCCACUCCCUGGGGGCUCGGGUGACAGGACCAGCAGCAAAGUGCAGUCCCUGGCUUCCAGCAACGCCUCUGACAGCAACUAUGAACUUUGCCCAGAGAUAACCCUGACCUGCACUGAGGAGUUUUCAGAUGAUGACCUGGAGUAUCUGGAAUGUUCCGACGUGAUGACGGAUUACUCUAACGCAGCCUGGCAGUGGCGCCUGCAGGGGCCCGAGCAGGUUUUUUUAUUAGAAAGCAAUGACAAUGAGGAGAGGACCUUUGCUGAGCACUGCCUGGGUGGGGGCGAGUGCUUCCUCACUGAAAUGGGUCGUGGGCCCACGGUGUCCGGUGACAUGGGGCCUGUGGAUGCCACCUCUGGCUCCUAUGGUCACCGCUCACAACCUCAAGAAGUGCAGGCGGAGAGCAGCCAAGCCUCCACCUCCAGUUCCUCAUCCCUGCAUGCUGGGAUGACUCUGGCCUUGGGACCUCAGCAGGAUGACAUGUCUGCAGUAACUGGGCCCAGGAGAUAUAAACUCCCCACGCCUCCUCCCCAGGCUUCGGGCAAUGAUUCUCCAGGAAUUUCAGGAGAGUCUGGAGCCAGCCACUACCACCAGGCCAGGGAGGAAUCUGCCAGUGACAGUCUGCUGAACAUGGCGACAGCAGUGCCUACAGAGGGAGAGGUGAAGCCUGGGGACUUGGGAAACUCAGGGAGGAACCAGGCUUUGGAGAUUGACACUAAAGACUCACUCAGCAAGUGGGGCUUGGAGAAGGCCCCCAGGGAGAAGAGGCUGGGGUUGAAAGGUAAAUCCAGGAAGCCCAGAGAAGGGGCACCCCAAAGCUCGCUUAACCUCUGGGGUCCCCGAGGAGCUGCUAAGUGCCCACUGACCCCGAGUGACAAAACAGAGUGUCUGCAUGCCAAAACAGAAGCCACCACUUAUGCCACGUCCCGGGGCCGUGCUGGGGAAGGAGGUGCGAUUCCAAAGCGAAAAGCCCUGAGAAUGCCACUGGAUUCCCAUCCCCAGAAAGGGGACUCCAACUGGGAAGGACAAGAAAAAGCUCCAAACCUGCAGGAAGCAAUCCAGUUUCCAGAUGUGAGUGACCAUCUCCAGGUACAAAUGCCGGACAUGGGCAGGGAGACUGCCUCUCACAGCCAGACACCAGCUUUCUCAGAGUCUUCUGGAGAUGACUCUAUCUGCACUGGGACAGGGACAAACUCCCUCCCCAGUUUGGGAGGUUUCCUUGAGGAAAAGGCAUCACUGGCCCAACACCUGGAGGUGGAAAGUUAUGCUGGAGACCUCUGGCAUGAAGCACACCAGGACUGGGGACACAACACACCUGGAUCCUCCCGGGAAGAUGCGGGUCAUGAGCUGAGUGUCCCUGAGACCAGUGAUGCCACUAUGUCCUCCUGUGAGGUGUGGACAGGUCUCCUCAUGGAGGACAGCACUGAAGAUGGGGAGCCUAAGGUUCUCCAUACUGUUUCCCUUGAACCACAAGAUACCAUCUUUGCUCUAGAAACUGUGAAUCCUGGACCAGUGGAUGGAGAAAUGCCAUGUGUAAUGUGGGACCUUGAAGCAGGUGGCCAAGGGACAAGUGAGACCAUGGAGUCUCUCACUGGUGCCUCAGUGGAUAAAUACUUGCCUCAAGAAGUCUGCUUCACAGGCUCUGAGCUGGAGGAAUGCCAAAGCCAAGUGUCCCUGUUAUGCCCUGCUGGUGAUGGGACACUGGGCCUUCCUUUCCAAACAGGGAGUUCUGAGCUUCCACAAACCUCAUACCAAAGCAGUGAGGAGACAGACUAUACUGAGUCCCCUCUUUCUAGCCCUACUGUCAAUUGGAAUGUGUCACCAGAGGCUAGCGAAGGUGUCACUGGGGAAAAGGGAACUAAGGUGGAGAAUUCCACCUCCACAUUGGCCUCCAUGGUAGAGGCUGACCUGAAGGGUCUGAGCCUUGCCUUUCCCAGAGGACUUGACGAUAGUCAGCCUCCAUAUUCUAAAAACAGCUUUCCUGUGCCCUUUCAAGAAGGGGAUGAGGGGACAUCCAGUGCCCAGGAAACCACAGACAUGCUGGCCAGUCAGAUUCCAAAGGUGACAUUUUCUCAGAAGGUGCCAAUGCCAACAACUGCUCAUUUUGAAUGUUUUCAGGUAUCUGAGGAGAGUGAGGACAUGUCCACUGUCACCCAAGUCCAUGUGACCAAAUACCUCCCCAUCUCCAUAGCUAUAAAUAGCCCUGCUGGUGACCCUGAGGAGAAUUCCUCUCCUGCGCAAGAGGAAAAUGGCUUCCAACUUCCUUCUGGUGUUCCAUUGGCCCCAAUUUCAAAUAGCUCAUCCAUUGACGCUACAAAAGAACAAAUUUGCCUGACUCCCAGUGAGCCAGGGGUCCAGGUCCAAGUCCCCCUACUCCCAGAGGGAGACAGGUUCUGUAAUGUCCCCUUUUGUCAGACUGAGAACCAGCCUGGAGAUGAGAACCAGGAUAGAGCUGAUAGUAGCGGUCCUGAAGGAACUGUUCAAGAGAAAGGAAGGGGGUCAGCACAGAGGGACACACAGGAGAGCCUUCCCCACCUAAGUGCCCUUCCUGAAAGCGCUUUCCAAGAGCAUCUGCCCACAACGUCUGCUGCACAAAAUGAAACAGAGCCAGUGCCCUUGGGCCACUCAGCAGCCCACUUGGAGGAGACAGGGAGUUCAGACGUGGGCACUAGUGCAUCUGUGGUGGCUCCGAGCCCUGUCCCGUCUGUCUCAGAUAUCCCCCCAGAGCAGUCUAGAGGGAGUGGGCCAGGGCACUGGGGAGUAGGCAGCAAGUUGAAGAUUAUUACUCUGGAAGCUCCCAUUUCAGAAAGUUGGUCACCAAGACUGGCAGAGUCUGAGUACAAGGAGCCCAAAGCUGGCCCCACCCCUCCUGGCAGGGGCUGGGCUGUCUCUGGUUUUCUUCAGGUGGGAGCGACCUGGCCUGAACUGGGCUCCCCUGGUUUAGCAGCACUGGCUCACAGCCCCCCAGCUGGUUCUGAAUCAGCCCUGACUAACAGCAGAAAAAAACAUGAAGGGGAAAAGCUGGUGGGUGGUGCAUGUUGGCAUAACAUUUCCUCCCAGUUCCUGAGCCAACCUGGACUCCUGAAGUCAUCUGUGGACCCUGUGGGGGAAAAAGAAAAUGGCAAGGACCCGAGUCAAUACCCAGAGGAAAGCCAUCUCAAGGUGGCUCUUCCUGCCUCCUUCAGACAGUUGCCAAGCUGCCCUGGCAUCCUGGAGUCCUCUGUAGACCCCAUAGGUGAGGUGGGUGUGAUGGAGUGGGCCAGAGCUCCAAGUCCAGAACCUUCUGAGCCCAUAGCAGAAGUCAUCAUGGAGGAGAGUGAAUGGAAGGAUGGAAGCUUGGGCCAACAAGUGGAAGUCCAGCCCACCAUUUUGCCAGCUCCAUGCCCCCAGCAAAGCAGGGAAACCAUCUUAAGCAUCAGUCAAAAUCAAGAAGACAGUGAGGCAGGGGAAACUGAGCCAAGCCAAGGUAACAAGGCAAAAGAACAGCCUGCCACUCUUCACAGCCCAAGUCCUGUUGAAGGUGAGGAAAUCAUUCCAAGGGAAAGGAGUGGAAACCUACUGUGGGAAGGCAGGGAGGGAAUCUUCCAGAAGGCUGAACAAACCCAAGACAACAGAGCAGAAGUGAUUCUUCCCAUUCUCCCUCACUCUGGCUGUCUUGCAGUAACGUCUUCAGCACCUGUUCAAGCUGAUACCCACAAGGUCACAGGCCAGCGUCAUGAGGAUGAUUCAGUGGAGCCCAGGCAUCAUCAGAGCUCAUGUUCUGACUCAAAGGAUGAGCCUGGGAAGCAUUUGCCCUCCUCUGGUGGUCUCCCUGGGCUGCCUUUCUAUUCAUCUCCUAAAAGAAACAUCACAGUGUGUUCAAUAAGCCACAGAAGCCAGAAACAUACAACAGAAGGGUCCCAGAUUGGAGCAAUCAAAUCCCCAAAUGCAUCUGGCACUCCAGCUGUGACUUUGGGGUUCAUUUCAGGCCUCAGGGAAGCUCCUGAAAGAGCACAAAGCCCACAUGCCCAGGGCUCCAUGCUGGGCUCGAGGACAAGGACAGGAGUGGAGGGGGAAUGUGACCACAAGGCUGGAUCCGAGGCGGUCAGGAAGAAGCCAGAAACCUUAGGGAGUGACCACGUGGCUGAGGGAAUCAAGAAGAAAAUUCUGUCCAGGGUGGCAGCCCUGAGACUGAAGCUGGAGGAGAAGGAAAACCUCCGAAAGAACUCCAUCUUUCUAAAAAAGAUUCCCAAACUGGAGAUGCCAGCAUCCCACACAGAGGAGAAAAAGGAAGCCAAGAAACCACCUGGCAAAAGAGAAGGCAAAGCGCCGGUAUUAAUGAAAAAGAUCCAGGCUGAGAUGUUCCCCGAACACCCUGGAAAUGUAAAGUUAAGUUGCCAGUUUGCAGAAAUUCAUGAAGAUUCUACAAUCUGGUGGACAAAAGAUUCCAAGUCAGUUGCCCAAGUGCAGAGAAGUGCAGGAGACAACUCCACUGUGUCGCUGGCCAUCACUCAAGCCAGCCAGAAGGACCAGGGCAUCUAUCACUGCUGCCUCAAGAACAGUUACGGCAAAGUGAGCGCUGAAUUUAACCUCACAGCAGAAGUUCUUAAGCAGCUUUCCAGUCACCCAGAUGUUAAAGGCUGCGAGGAGAUUGAGUUCAGCCAGCUCAUCUUCAGGGAGGACUUCCUCAACGACAGCUACUUCGGGGACCGCCUGCGCGGCCAGAUCGCCACCGAGGCGCUGCACUUCGGGGAAGGCGUGCACCGCAAGGCCUUCCGCAGCCGGGUGAUGCGGGGCCUCACGCCAGUCUUCAAGCCAGGCCAUGCCUGCGUGCUCAAGGUGCACAACGCCGUGGCCUAUGGGACCAGGAGCAACGAUGAGCUGGUACAGAGAAACUACAAGCUCGCCACACAGGAGUGCUACGUUCAAAACACCGCCAGGCACUAUGCCAAGAUCUAUGCAGCAGAAGCUCAGCCUCUGGAGGGCUUCGGAGAAGUGCCCGAGAUCAUUCCUAUUUUUCUUAUCCAUCGACCUGAGAACAACAUCCCUUAUGCCACAGUGGAGGAGGAGCUGAUUGGAGAAUUUGUCAAGUAUUCCAUGAGGGACGGGAAAGAGAUUAACUUCUUGAGAAGAGAAUCAGAGGCCGGUCAGAAGUGCUGUACCUUCCAGCACUGGGUCUACCAGAAGACCAGUGGCUGUCUCCUGGUCACGGACAUGCAGGGUGUGGGGAUGAAGCUGACAGACGUGGGCAUCGCAACGCUGGCCAAAGGGUACAAAGGAUUUAAAGGCAAUUGUUCCAUGAGCUUCAUCGACCAGUUCAAAGCCAUUCACCAGUGUAACAAGUAUUGUCAGAUGCUGGGACUGAAAUCUCUGCAGACCAACAGUCAGAAGCAGAGGAAGCCCAGCGUGGGGAAGAGCAAAAUUCAGCCAAAUGCUGCACCAGCAAAGAAGUUGGCGCCUGGAACGUUGGCUGAGAAGAAAGCCUAAUGUCUCGUGUGAAUGAACGGUCACUAGCUCGCCACACCCCACAGACGGCUGAGGGGCAGCACACAGGCUGCCGACUGAUGUGACGGUGUGACCGUCCUUCCCGGCUGACUGUUCUUCAAGCGGCUUUAUUACCUGUCACCUGCUAUCUUCGCCGCAAUGGUUUGGGGACAGGAACUGUGACCAGACUUUGAGAGAUGGCAUCAAACUGUUGUUCUCCAUGACAGUCCAUCUUUAUGUGUACCUGUAGCAUUGCCAACGAGCUCACAUUAUGUCUCUCUGUGGGUGGACGGUUGGUUGUGUUGUCCGGGACUCACUGCUGAGCUGGUCUGUCCUCCCCACCCUCCUCCCUGACCCUGAGAUCUUAGCUCCACUUGGUGACUAAGCAGGAAAACAAAAAACAAGAAUUCCUUCAUGGGAUCAACUUGUCCCUACCAUGUUAAGUAUGUUCUUGUCGCUGGAGGUGGCUUCCGAGACAUGAGGCCAUUUCUCAUCACCAGUCACAUGCCUGGUUAUAGUGUUCUGGGUCAUUAAAUUCUUAAAUUCUUA